AUGAAGGCUGCUUCUUCUCAGCCUGAACUGGGCGAUUGGGAGCAAGUUCCGAGCGGUCUGGAGGCCACUUUGCUGAGCUACUCUCAGACUCAUAAUCCGACUCAGUGUGGGAAGCGGCUUCGGGAGUGCAGUGAGAGGGCCCAGCUCGGCCAGGUACGGAACCCAGGGGUGGACAGGCUUCCAUCCCAUCGACCAGCACCGGUGCACAUACCUGCUGUCUGUGUGGCACUUGUCAUCAUGUCUCACUGUGAUGAGAUUUUGGCCUUCAAGGUUGGAGAAGAAAAUGAGGAUGCACAAGAUGGACAGCAUCUGGAGAGUGGUCAGCUGUCCAAGGCUGAGAUGGGGAUGGCUGAAUUGCCCUCCUCCACCACUGCCUCUUUCCCCUUUGAAGAAAUCCCUGGGGAGGUAGCAGCUGCUGGAGUAUCCAGUGAUGUAAAAGGUCCUCAGUGUAGUCCUGCCAUGGCCCAGCACAUCAUGGUGGCCAUGGCUGAAAAGCUAGACAGCCAUCCCCAAAGUGGCAAUGCCAACAGCCCAAAAGAGAAAGGCCUAAAAGAUAGGGAGGAGCCAGCACAAGCUGGGGCCAGCCUCCAGGAAGCAUUAUAUAACAAGAUGUCUGAUCUGGUGGGGUUCCUGGUCCACAAGUACCGUACUAAGCAGCUGACCACGAAGGACGAGAUGUUGAACACCAUCCUCAACAAUGAUGAGGAGAACUUCUCUUACAUUCUAAGCCAGGUGUCUGAGUGUGUGCGGGUGCUCUAUGGCAUUGAUGUGAAGGAAGUAGACCCCCAAUUCCACAUCUAUGCUUUGGUCACCACGUUGGGCCUCACUUAUGAUGGGAUGGUGAGCCCUCAGCAUACCAUGCCCACCACAGGCCUGCUGGUGAUAGUCCUGGGGGUCAUCCUUCUGGAGGAUGAUUGUGCCUCUGAGCAGGCUAUCUGGGAACAAUUAAGUUUGAUGGGAGUUUAUCCGGAGAGGAAGCACUUCAUUUAUGGGAAGCCUAGGGAGCUCCUCACCAAUGUGUGGGUGCAGGAGCAGUACUUAGAUUACCAGAGGGAGCCUGGAAGUUAUCCAGCCCGCUAUCAGUUCCUCUGGGGCCCCAGGGCCCAUGCAGAAACUAACAAGGUGAAAGUCAUGGAGUUUUUGCUCAAUAUCUAUAAUAGUCCUAAUAGGUCCCUCCUGUUCUUAACUGAUGGGCAUCAUUCCAAUGAUAGGAAUGAAGGGGCCUGA